AUGAAUCAAGUCACCCUCUUUAUUAUAAGCGCACUCCAAUUUGUUUUAUUGUUUAUUUUUGUGUAUUGUUAUAGUGUAAACACAAAUGGUAUUUUGAAGGUGAUCAAAAAUGACACUCCAAUUAUUAUUUCAGAAAUGAAGAAACCCAACGAGUUAAAUGAUGUAUAUACUUUCAAAUUUACACAACCGACUUAUGCAAACAAGGUAAUUAAUAUGAGUAACUUUAAUUAUGAUGGAAAGUGCAGAGAAAUAUUCAAAUACCAUGCAAACAACAAAAGGGAUUUGUUUAUUACUGCUGUUGGCUUUUCGGGUUAUAAAAACAAAUACUGGUUAAAUAACAAGAAAGAAAUAACAACUAUAAUGGCACUGGCAAACGACUCUUUUCCAAAUGCCAAGAGACUUGUUCUUUUACUACCAGGAGAAGAAAACAAAGACUUUGAAAAUAUCACUAAAAGUUAUGGUUUUGAAAUACAGAAAGGAUUUAUACCAAAUAUCACUUAUAUUAAAAAGUGCCUUCAUCCCGUUUUAAGGUACUUUGCUUUUCAAAAGUAUAUAACAGAAAAUAGAGAAAAAUAUGACAGAAUAGUUAUAGCCGAUCACAGGGACGUUUUCAUAUUUGCAGACAUAUUUCAAACAUUUUCAUCAGACGAUUUAAUCUUUGAAGCAGAGUGUGGAGUCAAAAAUUUGAAGUGUUUGGAUUUUAAACAAAAACAUUUACACAGGUGGAUGAAAGAAACGUAUGGCAUAAAUGUAGCAGAUCAGUAUAAAAAUAACGGCUCACUCAAUUUAAAUGUUGGUGUAAUGCUUGGAGGAACUGAUAGAAUAAUAAAUUAUUUGAAUCUCAUGGUAGAUAAUUUAAAUAAUACGAAAUGGCAGAUUUGGGGACACGACCAGACAGUACACAAUAUGGUAUAUUAUUCAUAUUAUUACCAAAAAGAAAAUGUGACUUUGGAAUUGUGUACACAAAGAAAGUGCUUUGGAGGAUACGAUUUGGAAUAUGACGGAGAAAAAAAAGAUGUUAAGAAAUAUAACAAGUCAUUGCUCUCCGGUACUAAAACAUAA